ACAGAGUAGUUUUGAUUCAGAUCUGUGUGAAUCUGGAUUAGACCCUGCAUGCCCUAUGAUUCGAGGCCCAAUGCCUACUACGUGCUAGAUUAUCUAGGUCUAUCUCUAGAUUUAGAUCAGACAUCAAAGUCUCUAUCAGCCAAUAGAGUGACAUAGACUAUUUGAUUUGUCAUUGUGAUGAUUGUGAUAUGUGUUGUCUGUGUCACUAUGAACUCUAUAUCUAGAAUCUAGACUGACUAGACUAAUCUAGAGUCUAGAGUGACUAAAUUCUAAUAGGCAAUAAUCAUCUAUUUCACUUGAGGACAUUUUAAACAUCACAAAACUACCAGACCUAAUGAGAAUAAUAUGUUUAUUCUUCGUCAAAUAAAUAAAAUGCUAAACAGCACAGUUGAAAUGUCAGAUAAAAAAAGAAAGCUGAACGUUGAAGGCGAUCUUGGGAAUAUCACGAGAGACCAGUUAAAUAUACUUUUCAAAAACAAAAGAGCUCAAGGUGGUGGACCAGUUGAAGAUGUCCAAAUAUCAGAAGAUAAGAAAAGUGCUGUUAUCAUUUUUAAGGAUCCAGAAGCUGUUGACUUGAUAAUGAGCCGAGGAGACAUAGUGGUUAUUAAUGACAUACAACUUAAAGUGAGCCGACUAUUCGAUGUGCCUGAUCUAGGGAGUCAUAGAGCUGAGACUAAUGUUAAUGACACAGUGUUACCCUCAGAACCAAAACAGUUGUCUAAAAGUUUCUCAGAAAAUGCUUCUGCUGAAAUUGAAUUGGAACCUACAAGUCUAUCAAAGAAAACAAACAAAUUGAAAGUCAUAGGCUUUCCUGAAGAUGUUACCAAAGAUCAACUUACUAUAUUGUUUAAAAAUAAAAGAGGACAAGGUGGUGGACCUGUAGAGGCAAUAAAUAUUUCAGAAGACAAGACAAGUGCUGUUAUUAUUUUCAAAGAGACUGAAGCUGUUGAUUUGGUGAUGAGUCGAGGGGACACAGUCAUUUUUUCUGGCAUUCCCCUUAAAGUGAGCCCACUUUAUGAUGAAACUGAUACUAGUCCUAAAGCCAUUACUGAAAUUAGUGAAAUGUUAUUAUCAUCAGGAAUAAAGUCAAACAAUUCAGCAGAAAAUGUUUCUGCAGAAGCCAAAUUGAUACCUACAAGUCUAUCAAAGAAAACAAACAAAUUGAAAGUUACAGGCUUUCCUGAAGAUGUUACCAAAGAUCAACUUAUUAUAUUGUUUAAAAAUAAAAGAGGACAAGGUGGUGGACCUGUAGAGGCAAUAAAUAUUUCAGAAGACAAGACAAGUGCUGCUAUUAUUUUCAAAGAGACUGAAGCUGUUGAUUUGGUGAUGAGUCGAGGGGACACAGUCAUUUUUUCUGGCAUUCCCCUUAAAGUGAGCCCACUUUAUGAUGAAACUGAUACUAGUCCUAAAGCCAUUACUGAAAUCAGUGAAAUGUUAUUAUCAUCAGGAAUAAAGUCAAACAAUUCAGCAGAAAAUGUUUCUGCAGAAGCCAAAUUGAUACCUACAAGUCUAUCAAAGAAAACAAACAAAUUGAAAGUUACAGGCUUUCCUGAAGAUGUUACCAAAGAUCAACUUAUUAUAUUGUUUAAAAAUAAAAGAGGACAAGGUGGUGGACCUGUAGAGGCAAUAAAUAUUUCAGAAGACAAGACAAGUGCUGCUAUUAUUUUCAAAGAGACUGAAGCUGUUGAUUUGGUGAUGAGUCGAGGGGACACAGUCAUUUUUUCUGGCAUUCCCCUUAAAGUGAGCCCACUUUAUGAUGAAACUGAUACUAGUCCUAAAGCCAUUACUGAAAUUAGUGAAAUGUUAUUAUCAUCAGGAAUAAAGUCAAACAAUUCAGCAGAAAAUGUUUCUGCAGAAGCCAAAUUGAUACCUACAAGUCUAUCAAAGAAAACAAACAAAUUGAAAGUCAUAGGCUUUCCUGAAGAUGUUACCAAAGAUCAACUUACUAUAUUGUUUAAAAAUAAAAGAGGACAAGGUGGUGGACCUGUAGAGGCAAUAAAUAUUUCAGAAGACAAGACAAGUGCUGUUAUUAUUUUCAAAGAAACUGAAGCUGUUGAUUUGGUGGUGAGCCGAGGGGACACAGUCAUUUUUUCUGGUAUUCCUCUCAAAGUGAGCCCACUUUAUGAUGAAACAGAUGCUAGUUCUGAUACCAGUACUGACAUAAGUGAGAUACCAUUGUCCUCAGAAAUAAAAUCAGAGUCAAGCAAUUCAUCAGAAAAUGUUUCUAGAGAAGUUGAAUUUAUACCUAGAAGUCUUCCAAAGAAAACAAAUAAAUUAUUAGUUAGAGGCAUUCCAGAUAGUGUAACCAAAGAUCAUUUAAAUAUAUUUUUUAAAAAUAAAAAGAGACUAGGUGGUGGACCUGUAGAAGAAAUAGUGUUUUUAGAAGACAAGACAAGUGCUGUUAUCAUUUUCAAAGAAAACGAAGCUGUUGAUUUGGUCAUGAGUCGAGGAGAAACAGUCAUCUUUUCAAGUAGUCCUCUUAAUGUGAGCCCUUUUUAUGAUGAAACGGAUGAUAGUUGUGAAGCUAAGACUGAAAUCAUAGAGAUGCCAUUAUCCUCAGGAAUAAAAUCAGAGUCAAACAAUUCAGCAGAAAUUGUUUCUUCAGGAGACAAAUUGAAACCUUCAAAUUCAUCAAUGAAAACAAACAAAUUGAAAGUUAGUGGCAUUCCUGAACAGAUUUCCAAAGAUCAACUUAGUCUAUUGUUUAAAAAUAAAAGGGGUCAAGGUGGUGGACCUGUAGAAGCAAUAAAUCUUACAGAAGAUGGGACAAGUGCUGUUGUCAUUUUUAAAGAAAGUGAAGCCGUUGAUUUGGUGAUGAGUCGAGGAAGCACAGUCACUAUUUCAAAAGUGUCCCUUGAAGUCAGCCCACUGUAUGAUGAAACUGAUGACAGUACUUGUACUAAUUCUGAAAUGAGUGAGAUAAAAUUAUCCUCAAAAACAAAUUCAAAGUCAAAACAUUCCUCAGAAAAUGUUUCUUCAGGAGACAAAUUGAAACCUUCAAGUUCAUCAAAGAAAACAAACAAAUUGAAAGUUACAGGCCUUCCAGAUGAAGUUACCAAAGAUCAACUUCAUAUAUUUUUUAAAAAUAAAAGGGGUCAAGGUGGUGGACAGAUAGAAGCAAUACAUAUUCCAAAAGAUGGCACAAAUGCUAUUGUCAUAUUUAAAAAGACUGAAGCUGUAGAUUUAAUUAUGAGCAGAGGCAACACUGUUACAUAUUUUAAUACUACUCUAACUGUGAAGCCAUAUUAUAAAGAGAUAACUACUGAGACACCAGAAGCACAAGACAACAUCACAGAAGACUCUGAAAUGCACAUGUCUAUAAAACAGAAGAAAAGGAAACCAAAAGUGGAAAACAGAAAAAUGAGUACAAAUAUGGUUACCAGUGACAGUGAAGGCAGUUGUACAUUGACAGAAAAAGAGAAAGAAAAACCAUUAUCCUUUAAAAAAAUGGAAAAAGAAAAAACGAAGACGUUAGAAACACCCCCAUCAAAAAAGAACGAUAAGGACAAACAAGAAGACACUACGGAAUUCGCUCUUCAUAACACGACUGUGAAGAUAAAACUGCAUAGUAUUGAUACUUGUAAAGACACCUACAUUUAUUACUUAGAAGACGAAUCACUUAACAUUGGUCCAUUUCAUGAGGAAAGUUUGAUGCUUGAUGGACUGCAUAACAUUAUCUAUGUAACUUUUCAUACCCAAAAAGAUGCUAAAAGUUUUUGUCAAAAGAAGCAUCCACCAGACUUGGAAAUAUCCAAAGUAGAAAUGGCAACAGAAGAAGACUUCAAAACAUAUCCCAAUUAUAUUUUUCUGAAAGGCAAUCUUGAAAACUUAGGAGCUCUAGCUGAACAAAUAAAUGAGAAAACUGGUUUGGAGGUGUCAGACAUAAUUCAAGAAGAUGACUUGGACGCUUGCAUUGUCAAAUUGGAUCCACGUUUCUGUGAUGAUAUUACACAGUUGACAUGGACAUUAACUUCUGUUGGCAGUAACAAGAUGAUCACUGCUCCAGUGUAUAAAAAAAAUUGUGUUUCGGUUUCUGGUCUCACACCAGAUGUCUCUAUUCCAACUUUAAAACGUUACUUGGAAAACAAAAAGCGAAGUGGUGGUGGAAAAACAAAGUCGUUAGUCCAGAUUGCAGAAGAUGAAGUUGUUGUCUAUUUUGAGGAUGACGUAGAUCUAACAGCCCUCAUAUCCAGAGAAGAUCACACAAUAGAACAUACAGAUCUCAUUAUUUCUCGCUAUUAUCCUUGCCUGUCCAGAAAUUACAUGAAAAAAGAUGAUUCGUUAAAAGUGAAACCAGAUAAAAAUCAACCUUUACCUUCUAAAACAUUCUCCAAAAAGAAGCAGUUACAAUUAAAUCCAGGCUCCUUAAUGUCUGUUUACAUUGUAAAAAAACAAGGCCCUAUUUUUGUUGGGGUGCUUACUUUAACACCAUAUGCUUUCCCUUACCUGAAGGGACAAAAACACAAAUUAGAAAACAUUGCACGAGAGGCUUAUUGUGAAAUGACAUUAUUCCCUCAAAUGCUACAAUUAAAAUUAAAUUGGCCAGAAAAAUUAGAAGCCAAAGAAGUAAAACAGAAGCUUGAGAAUGGACUCAAGGAAAUUUCCAAUUAUUUAAAACAGUUUGCAGUUCUGACUUUUACAAUGAAUGAGAGUGAAGCGCAACAUUUUCAACAUUUUUGCACUGGCAAAGUAGAUAUUUUUUACCAUGAGGAAUCAUCUAAAAUGAUUGUAAUCAACCUGGACUCACAAACAUCUUUAAAAGCGCUGAUCCAUCAUCUCUAUGAUGAAUUUAUCCAGCAGGGUAAAGAUCAACAAGAUGCAUCAAGAUUGAUAGAAAUCAAGAAAAAACUAUCUUUAAGUGAAGGGGCUGAAAAAAUAAAUGUAUCGACAGAUAUUUCAAAAGCAAAGUCAGAGCUGAAAGUUUCUGUUGAAGAAAAAACAUUUCAACACAGUGAAGAGGUCUCCUUAGACAAAUUUGAAAUUAAAUUGCUUGAGAAAUGUUUAUUUUUUGAUCAAUUUAAAGAAACUUAUAAAGAAACUAAAAUAAACUUGGACAAUGACACUAACAAAGUUAUUCUCAUGGGAAAUGAUAGAAGUCAAUUAAAUUCCAUUCAUUUAGAUAUUUUAAACAAAUGUAAACAAGAUGUGGGCUUUAGUAAACUAGAAAGUGUAACAGCAGAUCAAAUGAAGCUACUUAAGAAAGACAAUGUUCAAAAGAAAGUGGAUUCAAUGCUAGAUAACUGCUAUAUGCAGUGUAAUGAGAAUGAUGUAAAACUGUACUAUUUAAAGUCUGGAUCAGUAAACAUCAGUGACGCAGAAAAGAAAAUUAGAUCACAAGUUGAAGUUACCAAAAAACCCAUCAACCAAGAUAUGCUCAAAAUACUUGAGUCUUCUGAUGGCUCUACAUUUUUGUCCAGUUUGACUGACCCCAACAGUGGUUUCAACACAGUGAUACAAUUAGAUUCCAACAACCAAGAACUUAUGAUCAUUUGCCCAGGCGACCAAAUCUAUCAGCUCAAUAAAUCUGUUGAUAACUAUUUGGAAACUAACAAAUUACAUCAGAAGGAAAUUUCUUUGUCAUAUGGGAAACAACAAUUCAUCAAUAAAUACUUAAUGGAAGAGCUAAACCACUUAAAGUCAUCUCUCGGAAGGGAUGCCACUUUGGAGUUUUUGUCUGAUAAAUGUUUAAUCAAAGGACUCAGAGAUCCAGUCAGCAAUUGUGAGGUUCACAUCAACCAAUUGGUGUCAAAAAUAGACAAAAAUGAUGUCCAGCUAAAUUUUUUUGGCAUUGAUGAAUUUCUUCAUGAUCCUGAAGGCAAAAGCUUGUUAAGAGAAAUUGAAGAAACCCACAGAUGUGUUAUACAGUUCAAGUCAGAGGCAAAAAAAGCUCCAGCUCCAAAAGUGGCAAUAAAGCCACCGACACUAAUAGCCAAAUGUUCUUUACGUGAUGUCAAUAUAAGUUUUUUUCAAGGGAAUAUUUUUGGUCUUAAGGCAGAUGCUGUUGUAAAUCCUUUAGACUCAUCAUUCCAGUUUGUGAGUGCAAUAAAUCGAGAAUUAAUUCAGCAAGGAGGUCUAGAGAUACAGAGAGAGUUUGAGAGGUCCAAUACAUCUUCCUCUGUUGGUUCAGUUGUUGAAACAUCUAGUGGCUCUUUGUCAAAAGUAAAAAAUAUAAUCCAUGCUGUCUGUCCUGUAUACUUAGACUAUCAGCAAGAGAAAGAAUUAGAAUUAACAGUGAAAGCUUGUCUUCAUCAUGCGGCUAAUAAAAACUAUUCCACAAUAAGUUUACCUACAGUUGGUCUUGGAAAAAUUUUGAAAUUUCCUUUACUACCUGCCUGUAAAAUACUGCUUGAAUCAAUUAAGAGCUCCUUAGAAUCAGGGAGACACAGUUUCAAAGACAUCUUUUUAUGUGAUGUGAAUAGUGAUAACAUAAAGGAAAUAAUGGAUAGGUUUGAGGCCCAGGGUAUUGAAAUAGAGCAUUUUAACAAACCAACAGAUAAAAAAGAGCCUACUAAGUCUCACAGUCGAUCUCCACCAAAGUCUUUUGCUAAAAAAAGUUGGGAUUUUAAAAAUAUGAAAGUGGACAUUGUUUUGGGUGAAAUAAACAAACAAGACACUGAUAUCAUUGUUAUCACUGUAGACAAGUCUUUGGAUUUGAGUAAAGGGAGGUUAGCCAAAACAAUAUUACGUGAGGCAGGAGAUGACAUACAAAAUGAAUUACUAAAUAGGUUUAGUGAUGGAGUCAGAACUGGUGAUUUUGCAGAGUCUAGUGGAGGCAAUUUGCAGUGCAAACAUAUUUUCCAUGCAUGUCUUUCACGCUUCAGGGGAGAUACUGUGCAGAUGGAACACUUAGUGUACAAACUGUUGGAAGGAGCUAACAGGCUAAAGGCCAAAUCUAUUUCUCUCCCAGCUUUAGGUACUGGAAAUUUAGGCUAUUCACCAGAGGAUUCAGCUGAAGUCAUUAUGAAAACCAUUGAAAACUUUGCUGCUCAGAAUCCACAUUUCAGCUUAAAAAUCAGUAUUGUUGUUUUCCCAAGAGACACAGACGUUGCCCAAGCUUUCAAGUCAGCUAGAGAAAGUUUUGCCACUGGUGGACAGAGUGAUAUAGAGGAAGAGGCCAGCAGCGCAAGUUAUUUUGGAUCAUUUAAAAAGCAUCUUGCCUCCUAUUUUUCAAAAGCUCCAACAGAUAAUAAAGGUAUACAAAAAUAUGGCAAUGUGAGUCUCAAGAUCAAGCAAGGGGACAUCACUAAAGAAAGAAAUUCUGAUGUUAUUGUUAAUGGUAUAAAGGAUUCCAUGGACCUUUCACACUCAGGACAAGUUUGUAAAACUUUACUCAAAAUAUGUGGGCAAGAGCUUCAAGAUGAAUGUUCUAGAAAAAUUGAUGAGAUGAAAACCGAUGGCCUAGUUGUAACAUCAGCCCCCAAGUUACAAUGUAAAAAUAUCAUACACAUCAGCCAAGAUCAGUUCUCCAAGUGCUUGGACAAAGGUGUAACUAAAAUUCUGCUGGAGGCAGAGAAAAUUGGAGCUUCAACUUUGUCAUUGCCUGUAUUAGGCGCAGGAUCACGUCAUGCUAAUCACCAUAGCAUCAAAAAAUCUAUACUCAGUGCCAUUGAACAGUUUGGUAACUCAGGAGCCAAGAAACUCACCAAAAUCAAGCUGGUUAUAUUUGAUCCUCAUGUUUUUAAUGUUUUCAUGGGCCAUGGAGAAGCCAAAGUCCAUUCUUCUCAUGAUAAAUCCAUAGCCAAUAUGCCACCAAUUAGUGUAUCACAGAAAGCAGAACUGGUCAUUUAUUCCGACAGUGCUGAACAAAGAAUGUUAGCAGAGAAAAAACUAAAGGAGAAAUGCAAGGCAGCUUUUAAAGAAGAAAAAGAUACAGAACAAAAUUUGACCAAAUUAUCAAACGCGCAGAUCAAGUCAUUGGAAUACUUAGGUCUACAAAACAGAAUCAAAGUGACAGUUAGAGCUCAAGAACAUUUGUUGAUAACGGAAGGAUUUCAACCUACUGGAAUGUUGCAAGUCCAUAAACAACUAAAAAAACUAGUGGUUGAAGCAGUUGGUAAGCAUCACAUGUCACUGCUACAUGCUGUGCCAUCAUCUAUUGAAUGGCAGUAUAAACAGGGAGAUAAAUGGCGCAGUUUUGACUCUGUUUUAAAUAGUGAAACCGAAAGAGAGUUUAAAAAUAAAUCUGAUACUUUUGAAAUAACAGACAUGAAAGGAAGGAAAAUUAGUAUCAAUUUUAAAAAAAUGAAGGAAACUUUUCAAGAGGAACAAGGAGGAAAACAAUCUUUUGAUAUCAGACGAUACGACAAAACUAAAUCAGUUAGUGAGCCCUUGCCUAGGAAAUGGGAUAAAAUGUCAAAGGGAGAAAAUUUGAAGAUGGUACAAGUACAACCUGGCAGUGAGGAGUAUACUAAAGUAGAACAACAUUUUACAUCCAAGGGAGGAAAUUUACCUAUUAAAAAGAUUGAGCGCAUUCAAAACAAAGCACUGUACCAGCAAUUUUCUGUUAAGAAAAGAGAUAUAGAUGCGCAUAAUCCUAAGGGACAUCAGAAUGAAUUAAAACUAUUUCAUGGCACUGCUGCACAGACUGUUCCUUUUAUCAAUGAAAAUGGAUUUGACAGAAGUCAUUGUGGUGUGAAUGGUACUGCCUAUGGUAAAGGUGUGUACUUUGCAUUGAACUCAUCCUACUCAGUUGGAUAUGCUAAAUCAGAUAUUCUAGGCAACAGAUAUAUGUAUGUAGCAAGAGUAUUAACUGGAGAAAAUGUCACUACCAAUGGAAAUACUCAAUUUCUACCUAACAAACCAGGAACGAACAGACCAUAUGACUCUGGUGGUUCUAUUCCCCAUGGAAUCUAUGUUAUAUUUCAUGAUGCACAGGUUUAUCCUGAAUAUUUAAUAACAUUUUGAAAUUAUCUAUUCGGAAGGUGACAACAAGAAAAUGUUUGACUUGAGCAAUACAUUUUUUUUCUCAUUUCUGGGGAGAAGCCAAAACAUUUUUAGUAAUGUUUUUUGUUUUGUUUUUUUAUAAUGUUGAAUUGGAAAUAAUUUUUAUUACUGUGAAUUGUUUAAAAUGAACGAUUAUGUGGCACUCAAGGUUAUUAAUUAUCAACAGAAAAAAAUUGUUUAGAUACUAAAAGCAUGCAAUGAAGCUUUUUUUUUUUUUUUCAUUUUAUUUCUGAAAUACUGUAUAUGUGAUAUUAUUCAAACUCAACCUUUUUAUUUUUUUGGUAAUUAUUGUUUUAAAAACUUUAAUUUACUAAAGAUAUUUCUUGUGGUGACUAAAGGAAAAUAGCAUUAACUUUAGUAAAACUGUAAAUUCUGUUAUGCAUAUCCAUGUCAAUUUGGAUUGUAAUUGGACAUUUUUAACAAUUACCUUUUUACUAAAGUGCAAAGGAUUUUCUUUUUAUCUCAUGAAUGUCUGUAUUUUGUAGAUGACUACCCAGGUUGUGUAAAGAAAAUGUAAUUGUGGGUUGCAUGUAUAAUUCCUCACAUUAAUAUCUAUCCUUUUGAUAAGGAUGCCAUAAUGAAAUGGUUCAUUAUGGGUUGCAUAUGCUAAAGUUGUUAUUUACAUGAAUGUAAUAAAUUUAUUC